UUUUUUUUCGUCCCUUCGAGCUUGAGUUCUGAUGUGGCGGAGUUACAGAGCAGGAGGACUUUCUGAGCACAAUGAAGACAGUUAAGGCUCGAGACUUAGGGCCGUACUCAGUAGGCCAUGGAGUGUAAGGUGAUAGACCGAGGCAGGAGGUGUCUGCGCCUGGCCACCAUGAGGCUGCCGUACAUGUUCUUGUUCCUGCUGCUGUUCAGCGCCGGAGGUCUGCUGCUCCUGCUGCACCUACAGUACCUCACAGAGACGAUUCAUGAACAGGCUCCAGGUGGAAAGCACAGACACCGACAGCAGCAGCCGGAUCAGUGCCCUUAUUGUCCAGACAAUAACACACGCACCCCUAGUUCAAGAGAUGUCCAAAAGCUCAGUCGUGUUGACCCCGUAAACGUCUGGAAUCCACGCUUUCCUGUCGCUCAGGACAAAGGCGCCGUGCCUCAAAUCACCAAGAACUAUCGCAAACUCCUGAAGAGCUCGGCCCUGCUUCAGCAGCUCAACAGCACCUCUGCUGGCCAGGCUUUCAAUAACUACCAAAGGUUGACCCAAAUACAGCAGUCCCGCCGUGAGCUGCUGAGACAAGUGUGUGCCAAAUACAGGAGCUUCACCAGGACCAUAAGCCGCAUGCAGGUGUCUCGCAUCUAUGUAGAGGAUACACACAAGCUCCUGUACUGCGAGGUGCCCAAAGCAGGCUGUUCCAACUGGAAGCGUGUGCUGAUGGUGCUGCAGGGCCAGGCGUCUUCCACAGCUGAGCUCCGGCAUGAUCAGGUGCACUAUGAGAACCACCUAAAGCGACUGGAUUCUUUUACUUACGCACAGAUCAUCCAUCGCUUGAAAACCUACACCAAAGUGCUCUUCCUGAGGGAGCCCCUCGAGAGGCUUGUCUCAGCUUUUCGGGACAAGUUUGAAAGCCCGAACUCGUACUACCACCCUGUGUUCGGGAAGCCCAUCAUCACCAAGUACCGCGCUAACGCCUCAAGGUCGGCCCUGCUCACCGGAGAGGGUGUGACCUUUAAAGAGUUCAUCCAGUACCUGCUUGAUGUUCGGCGUCCUGUGGGGAUGGACAUCCACUGGGAGCGCGUGGUGCAGCUGUGCAGCCCCUGCCUUAUAGACUACAACUUCAUCGGCAAGUUUGAGACACUCGAAGAGGAAGCCAAUUUCCUCCUCCGGCAAAUCGGAGCGCCCGCCAACCUGACCUUCCCCAGUUUUAAAGACAGGAACCCGAAUGCAGCCAGGACGUCCUCGCGCAUUACGCAGGAGUAUUUUUCUCGGCUGAGUUUAAGCGAGAGACAGAAAACGUAUGACUUUUUCUAUAUGGAUUAUUUAAUGUUUAACUAUUCAAAGCCAUUCUCAGAUUUACACUGAGGAGUUUGUGAAUGUAUAGACUGGAAUUCUUUCAGUCAUGGGUCUGUUAUGUGUUACUUCAUCCUAUUUCCUUUCUUUAUUUAAUUCUUCAUGUCAUUUAUGUAAACUGGUUUGUGCAAGCCUCCACUGCUUGACUCACUUGUGUGGGAAUGAGGCCAGGAAAUACACCCAGGAAAUACACCCUGAAUGGAACAACAGUCUAUCUCAGGGCAUGAGCAGGGGUAUUAUGAAGGAAUAAAACAUGAUGUGGUGCGCUGUUAGAGAAAAACGAUUUAUUAUUGUGUGAUGGUGUAAAGUGACCCAGUGCAAUCUCUCUUCUUUUUUUUUUUUUUUUUUUUAACAGCACAUCCUGGUGUGUUUUAUUCCUCUUAUACCACAUGAUGUGUGAUGCCUGUUAUUGUUUACAUUAGAGCAGCUAUGAACCUGGGUUACCCCCUCACCUAGCCUCUCUUUUUCUUUCUAAGACUUUUCCAUGACAGAAAACCAUCUUACCUUAAGAGCACUAACCCUGACUAAAUUCCUCACUCCUGAAGGGUAAAUAAUUGUCUCCUUACAGAAAAAUUUUGUUAUUGUCAUAUAAUAACAAUAUUUUAUUAUCAUUAGUAGGCUUGUGCGAUAUAAUGAUUUAUUCGUCUUUACAUGAUAUAACACUGCCAAGAUUCCGAGUGACAUUUACUCUAAUUAUACUACAGGCCGGCCAACCUUUAUAUACAACCUGCAUUUCAAUGAUUUGUGCAGACAUUUGGAGCUCUCACUAUCAGCGCCUGGAAAAAAAAAAUCCAUCAGUCUCUGUUCAGUCUACAUAACAUGAGACAAGUAUAUAUCCAUCUUCAAUUAGCUAUGUUAAUCAGGCAUGUAACGAUAAAACUAUACAUUAUAAAUACAGGAGGUGUUCAAGUCAAACCGGGACUUAUGAUGAAAUUUCUGGUGAAUGAAGGUGUAAAAAGCAACCAACCUUUACAGAAGACUCCAAGCACAGUACGGAGACAAGAUUCUUAGUUCAGAGACAAAAUUUCUGAAUAGUGUUUGUAAAUGAGGGCCGAGGUGACUUGGAGCCCACUGCAGUCGUUUCCAUAAACAUUCAGCGAAUGGAACGCCUGAUUUUGAAAUUGACGGAUAACUUGUCACACAUGUUUGGGAGUUCCUGGGAAGCCAGCGUUUCAGCUGUUUCAGUGUUUCUAAAGAAGGCAUCGUGAUCAUGGCUGAGAAAAAUUUCAAAGCAGAUGCUUGUAUCCAAGCGCUAGUGAAAUCCCGGGAUAAGUCCAUUAGUGUAGCAGGGGAUUAUAUAUAGAGAAAUAAAACCUGUUUUUGCUCUCGUAUCUGUGUUCUGUUAUUCUGCACACUGAAAAAAGUCUCGGUUUAACUUGAACACACCUCACAGAAAAAAUUGAUUACAUUUAUAAAGUGUUGAAUCCAACAAUUAAGAUCAAUAGAAAGUGAAUGAAGAAGUUUAUCAAUAAUGUUAAAGCUGUCUGAACUUACCCUAACCCUGAAAUAAUGGAAAUAAAUAAAUAGGGACAAAUCAAUAUCGCACAAGCAUGACUGUCUUUUUAGGCCUAGAUUAUAUGAGCAUCCACAGUAACAGUCCCUGUGAAUACAAUGUGGCUACAAUGGAGAGUAUUAGAAGAAGAGUAUUAAUUAUACUCAGAGCUUCUGUUAUAGAAAUGAAUCAUUUCAUGAGCAAUGACCAAUCAGAAUGGGGAAUUUAACAGAGCUAUGGUAUGUGCUAUAACUACGGAUUAGUCUAUAGUUUCUUAGACUCUAAAUGAAGUAAUACAGAAGAAAUUCAUUUUGCCUGUAAGAACUAAAUUUGAAUAUGAUCAUCCACUUCACCUUUACUGUAGUUUCAUUUUUUUUUUUAUUUAUUCGAUUAGUUUUUGUGUCAUAAUGCCACCAGGAGCGUAAACACACACUGUUAUUGGGCCACUGAUGAGUGAUGUUUGGAGUCCAUGAUGUCAGAUGUCUGAUGUGGUUCGGUGUUCUGUACAGCCCAUAAAACACAGUGUAGCAUGCCUUUAGCCUUACAGCAUACUGCCGGUCAGCACAUAUCUUCAUUUAUACUUGUUGGGUAUCUUUAAAUACAUAUAAUAAUGUAUUAAAAAAAAGUAUGUACCUCAAAAAGUUAUGACAGUGGUCUUAAUUUUAAAGUCGAAUGUAUAAUAUCUAUGUGCCAUUGCCUUUUUUACUGUUGACGAUAUGUAUUCUGAUUAAACUAUUUAAAUAAUUAUGGGGAAAGGGUGGAUUACAUUUUGAACUGAAUAAACUGGUUUUAAGAUGGUGUAAUGAUGGGAAUGAUUCUUUGACUUCUGUUAUAUAUUGUGAUUGAUUCAUGGUUCUUAUAUCACAUGUACGGGGGAACCGCUUUGUAAGU